AUGGCCAUUGAUGCUACCCUGAGCGAGAAGCUGGGCGAGAAGGCUGGCGAAUCCACAAUCUCCGACCACCCUGAGAAUGGCAGUAUUGGGAAGGGUCAUCUCGGUCACAUCAAGGGACAAGAUGAGGCCGGGAAGUAUGCUCAUACGACAGCGAUGAAUAUUGACGGAGCAACAAACAAGAGAAUACGCAACAAGAUCGAUAGGCAUCUCUUGCCAUGGAUGUGUGGACUCUACCUAUUGCAGUACCUCGACAAGACGACACUCUCCUAUGCUGCGGCCAUGAACAUCAAAGAGGAUAUGGGUAUGAAUGAUGCUGAAUACUCAUGGGCUGGUUCUAUCUUCUAUGUCGGGUACCUUGUUUUUGAAUACCCUCACAAUCGCCUUUUCCAGAUUCUGCCCAUUGCUCGGUACCUAGGCUGCGUAGUAAUGAUUUGGGGUGUUAUAUUAGCUCUACACUCUGUAUGCUUCAAUGCUGCUGGAAUUCUGACAGUAAGGUUCUUCUUAGGAGCUUUCGAAGGUGCCGUUACAGCAGGCUUCGUUUUGAUAACGUCUCAAUGGUAUCGUACGAGUGAGCAGACUUUCAGAACAGCCGUAUGGUUCACCUGCAAUGGCCUUGGUCAAAUUACUGGUGGGGCGCUAGCUUACGGAGUCGCUCGUGGAUUCCGAGAGAACACGUCUAUUCACUUCUCGGCCUGGAAGGCCCUAUUUAUUCUUACCGGAGGUGUCUCGUCUGUCUAUGGGCUCUUCAUGUUCUUCUUUGUUGCUGACUCGCCAGUCACUGCUAAAUGGCUGACUGAGGAAGAGAAGGUGAUUGCAGUCGAGAGACUGCGAGGCAAUCAGCAGGGUAUUGGAACCAAGGUCUUCAAGUGGUACCAGGUCAGGGAGGCGUUUACUGACAUACGCACAUACCUCAUUUUCCUUUUCACAGUCACUUCGAACAUCCCAAAUGGUGGUAUUACUGUGUUCUUCACACAGCUUAUUCAAGGCCUCGGCUUUGAUGCCGAGACCACCUUCCUCCUUUCCAUGCCAGGUGGUGGAGUUCAGCUGAUCGCCAACCUCGGUAUACCAUUUGUCGCCUCCAAACUCGGACAUCGAUACCUAGGAGCCGUGUUUGCCCUAGUGGUUGGUCUCUUUGGUAUCAGUUUGAUGACUGGUCUUGCCAUGCAUGAUCCCCUGAACGCCACCGCCGGUCAACUUUUCGGAUACUAUAUUGUCAUCGGAAAUUCCGCGACUGCCUUGAUCUUGAUCCUAGGCACAAUUUCUUCCAAUACCGCGGGGCAUACAAAAAAGACAACUGUAAACGCAAUUUCGCUCAUUGGUUACUGCAUUGGUUUCCUCAUUGGCCCCCAGACAUUUCAAGAUGGUCCUUACUACUAUAACGCGAAGUACAACAUUAUUGUUCAGUGGUUCUUAGCUGGAUUGUGCUGCCUGGCGCUUCACUUUGUGAACAAGAAAGCAAAUAAGAAGCGAGAUGAGCUAUUCAUGGCUGAUGGCUCGCCCCCUCAGCCAGCCGGUCAGGAAUUUUUGGACUUGACGGACAAGGAGAACAGGUACUUUAGGUAUGCGCUGUAG